GCGGGAAAAUAUAAACGUAAAAAAUGAGCGAUUACGUAGACGUCAAGUGCAGAAUUAAACUAAAGCGGCGUAUUGUGGAUAAUAUGCUAAAAGGCAAAGUCGAAUUAAUAGCAUCUGAUGUUAUUGUUAUUAAGAAUGCAUACAUUGAGAUAACAGGAUUCGCAUCUUGUAGCUGGAAUCUGGAUGCAGUUUAUAUCAUGUUUCCUAAAGUAUACCCCGAAGAUACUGUUGUGAAAGGCUUCCAGCAAUUUUAUUAUACGCGUCACGCGCUGUGUGGUGGAGAGAUAGCACAUGAGCACAAACCGAAUGAAGCUUAUAAAUUUAAAUGCUAUUGGCCGUCACGUUUACCGGGAACUUGGUUUGGCGAUUUUGGGAAUAUUGAAUAUAUCGCUAAAGUCACGAUUAAAUUAGACAACGAGUUGGAUGUUUAUACUCACUCCCAACUCAUCUAUGUAAAAUUUCGGAGACACCUAGCUACCGAAAAACACCUUCUGUUUGAGGGAAGAGUCGACGUCUCGCGCAAUUUCUUCACAACGAAAUCAAUUGGAAAUGUUAUUGUGAGUGUUUGGCUGCCGAUUUCUGGAAUUGCUGCCGGACAGUCUCUACCAGUGAUCUGCUCCGUUACCAAUCACUCCAAAUUACAUUUCGGAAGUCUUAUCUUCGUUCUGACAAGAAUCGACAUUUACAGAAGCGACACCCCUAUAUCUUUGGUAAAGACAGUUCGGACCGACGUAUGCCGCGUUGCCCGAAUGGUCAAUAUUCACAAAGGCAAGUACGAUUUCUACUCAGUUCUACAAACUGACACAGGCACUAUUCCCACAAACCAAUUCUACAAAUGCACUUGUUGCCAAGUUAUUUACGAAGUGUGGGUCUCGGUUCAAGGCGCUUUUAGGCGCUAUAGGAGCUUCGGGUACCCCAAUAUCGAUACCCCGGGUAUUCCGGUCAUAAUUGGAACAAAGCCCUUGCGAAACUUCAAUACGUAUGAAAUAACAGCAGAGAUUUUCAAGAAGAUGUAUGAAACUCAUCUACCUGUUCUGUUUGAUGAGUUGCCUGAGGAUGUCAGACAAAUUAUACACACGACUGAUGAAGAAUUAAGCAGAGACGCUAUACAGAAUUUGGAAAGGCAACUACACGUUAAUGAACAAUUAAUAAGUUCAAUCAAACAAUCAAGCUCACAAAAACUCAAAAUCUUAAACGAGCAAUGA